AUGGGCACAGGCAUCCCUAAGGUGUCACUAAUAGGAAGGACUCAUGGGUCCAGGAAAAGAGGGAUAGAAGCAGAAGUGGCCCCAUUUACUUUUGCACCACCAACCACAGAACCUGUCUUCACAGAGCAUUUCCUCCAGGACAUUCUAUUUUCGUACUACAUUCACUACCAAGUCACUUAUGCCAUCCAAAUUAACAGAAAAACAUACACUCUCUUUCUUGAAAAACAGUCAUUUGUAGACCCUCAUUUCCUGAUAUAUUCAUACAACAGAUCAGGAACAGUGUAUCCAGAUUCUUCAUUUAUAAAGGGCCAUUGCUUUUAUCAAGGAUAUGCCAUGGAGACACCAAAAUCAGCUGUGACACUUAGUAUCUGUUCUGGACUCAGAGGAUUAUUGCAGUUGGAGAAUGUCAGUUAUGGAAUUGAACCAUUGGAAUCUGCAGCUACAUAUGAGCAUAUGCUUUAUCAAAUAAAGAAUAAUAAAGCUGAUUUUCCCCCCUUACAAGAAAGUUAUCCUAUGAUUCAAUUGGGAGAUCAGCCCUACAAGAUUCUUGUGAAGUCACAAACAAAACCAGAUGUUGAACAAUUGAGAAAAACUCUGAAAAUACAAAUCAUUAUGGAUAAAGCCUUGUAUGAGUAUAUGGGCUCUGAAGUGGCUGUCGCAGCUGAGAAAGUUGUUUAUAUCAUUGGUGUUAUCAACACUAUGUUUUCCCAGCUGAAAGUGACUAUUAUGCUAACAUAUUUGGAGCUCUGGUCAGAUCAAAAUAAGAUUUUAUCUAGUGGGGAUGCUAAUGAAAUACUACAAAGAUUUGUGUCAUGGAAAAAAAAUUUUUUGUCUCAUAGGUCCCAUGAUUUGGCAUUCUUAUUAAUUUAUAGAGAUUAUCCUAAUUAUGUGGGAGCAACAUAUCAUGGAAUGGCAUGCGAUGCAAAGCUUGGUGCAGGAAUUGCUCUGUAUCCAAAGAAGAUAACUUUAGAAGCAUUUUCAGUUGUUAUGGCACAGUUGCUUGGAAUUAGUCUGGGAUUAACAUAUGAUGACAACUAUAAUUGUUUCUGUCCAGGAACUGCAUGCAUUAUGAAUCCUCAAGCAAUACGUUCCCAUGGUGUAAAGUAUUUUAGCAAUUGCAGCAUGGAUGGAUAUAAUCGUGUAGUUUCACAGCCUGAAUUCAAAUGUCUUCAGAAUCAAACUGUUUCAAAUAUGGCUCGCCAAUCAUCAGAUACAUGUGGCAAUGGAAGAGUGGAUAAUGAAGAGCAAUGUGAUUGUGGCACUCCAGAGCAAUGUACUUUUAAACGAUGCUGUAAUCCUACAAGCUGUACACUGAUUGGAGCGGCAGAAUGUGGCAGUGGAGCAUGCUGUGAUAACAAAACUUGUGUGUUCCACGAAAGAGGACAUAUAUGUCGGAUAAGCAAAGAUCCAUGUGAUUUUUCAGAAUAUUGCUCUGGAACAAAUGAGUUUUGUGUGGCUGAUCUUAAAUCUGCUGAUUUAGAACCAUGUAAUAAUAAAACCGCCUUUUGCUAUAAGGGAAUAUGCCGAGAUACAACUAGACAGUGCGUGCAGUUAUUUGGAAAAUUUGCUAAAGGUGCAGAUUAUCUAUGUACCCAAGAAGUGAAUUAUCAAGCAGAUAAAUUUGGAGACUGUGAUGGAAAACGGUGCUUACUAUGGAGUGUCUUGUGUGGAAAGUUAGUUUGUCACUGGACACAUACACGUAUAUUACCAAUAACAGAUUUUGAUGUUCAAUAUACGUACAUUGGAGGCCAUGUAUGUAUUUCAGCAGCGGGUAGACCAAAUUCAGCACCACGGGACAAAACCUAUAUAGGUGAUGGCACUAUAUGUGAUGAAAAUAAGGUAUGCAACGAUGAAGACGUUUGUCAUUGUGAUCCUGGAUAUGCUCCUCCACAUUGUAAGGCAACACCAUCAUCACCAGGAGGAAGUCUAUAUGAUGGGUUUUGGUAUUGGGAUAGCAAAAGUUAG